AUGGACUCGCCCAGCACGAACUCCUCGAGCCAAAAGACAUCCACUGGAGCCUCGAGAACGAAAUUGCCGGCACUCUCGACGACGUCGUUGACACCUCCAGAGCCUGUGCAGUCGUCGAAUACGUCAUACACUGCCACUCAGUCGACGCCGAAUGCACUCGCGAUGAAAAUGGCGUCGCAAAUGCCGCCCGUGGCAAUGGCACCACCGCUGGGACAUGUGAAUCUCAUCCAGUCACGCCUUCCUGGAGGCAGCAACAUGCCGAUUGGUCCACACGACAUGUACCAAAGCGGACCGCCCGGCGGUGACCCGAACCACCCGAUCGUGACAGUCAUGGCCAUGGCCCCACCUGGCGUCUCGGGCGACGCUCAGGUCGACAAUGUGCGCUUUACGUGUCUGCAGCAAUGUCGGUGGAUGGCAGGCUGCUUGAUGGCGUAUUACGCGGUCACGUUUUUGUUCUUACAGCCAUUUGUGCUCGGCAUAUUGGGUCUAUUCACGGCGUUCAUCGGCUACAACGGCUCUCGGUCGCCUGUUGGCAUGCAUCGGUACAAGUGGCUUUGCUGGUACAUUCGAGCUACCUACGGCAUGUUGGUCCUCAACAUGUGGAUGCUCAUCGUGACUCUAGUCUUUUCGGGCGCCCUCUUUAGGCCUGACAGCGAAGUCACUUAUGGCAGCCUCAAUAGUGACGAUGACGACGUGGCGAGCUCGACGUCCCUCCACACCAAAAGCGCGAGUCUCGUAAUUGGAAUCGUCGUGGCGAUCAACACGGUUUUCCAUUUGCGCUGUUUGCGCAUGGCGAAACUCUUGGCCGCCGAGCUCUUGAGUGCAGGAGUUGACCGUGAGCCAGUUCCUAGCCUAGUGGUUGCACCGGCGAACCCCGCCUCGGUCGUGUAA